AUGCUUCCCGCUCAGGCCUCCCGCUCAGAGCUAGCUGCGAGACAGGACCCCGCCUGGGCGUCUCCUGCUGCGCCUGCAAGCCCAAACCCUCAGUGCUGCGGCGCUGUCUCCUCUCAGCCACGGCCACCCCUCUGCGGUCCUCUGCACGCGUCCUUCCUUCCCGGCGUCGACAGCAAAUCAGGGAAAACAGCGCCGAGGACUGACUGCACUCACAGUACCGCGCUAACAGGAUCAGGCGGCGCCGCGGACACCCUGGUGCCCAGCGGAGAAAAGGCCCCCGGAGACGGCGGGAGGGGCAGGAGGACCCCGGGGGCCGCAGAUGGUGCGACUGCGCGUGCGUGGGCUGGGGCGGCGGCAGUUGGGUGGGAACUCGCGCGGGACUUAGGUCCCAGUAAGCCUGCAACCUCUCCCAACUCGGAGUCAUCGCUCCAUCCCGGUCUCCACCUUAGUGUCGUCGCAGCCAUUUGUCCCAACCCCGACAGUCAAACAGGCUUGCGCUGUAAAACAAUCGCCUCCACUCCCACACUAGAACACACACAAGAGGCACGGGAACAAAAUCGAUACCUCCGGGCGCUGUGGCUCAAGCCUCUGAUCCCAGCACUUUGGCAGCCAGAGGGCCGCGUUCGCACCAAAACCGUGAAGAAGGCGGCCUGGGUCAUCACAGAAAAGUACCACACACGCCUGGGCAACGACUUCCACAAGAACAAGCGCGUGUGCGAGGAGAUCGCCAUUAUCCCCAGCAAAAAGCUCCGCAACAAGAUAGCAGGCUAUGUCACGCAUCUGAUGAAGCGGAUUCAGAGAGGCCCAGUAAGAGCUGUCUCCAUCAAGCUGCAGGAGGAGGAGAGAGAAAGGAGAGACGAUUAUGUUCCUGAGGUCUCAGCCUUGGAUCAGGAGAUAAUUGAAGUAGAUCCUGACACUAAGGAAAUGCUGAAGCUUUUGGCAUUCGUUUGGCGUCUCCAUGCUAACCACUCAGAAAUGAACCUUGAUCCAUUUCCAGGACUUCGGCCGUCUGUCCAACCUGCAGGUCGCUCAGCCUACAGUUGGGAUGAAUUUCAAAACGCCUCGGGGACCUGUUUGAAUUUUUUCUGUAGUGCUGUAUUAUUUUCAGUAAAUCUGGGACAACAGCCUUGCCUGUGUCAUCUUUGCAGUUGUGUGUGGGUAGAGGGAAGGCAGGAGCUCUCAAGGCAACACAUCAGCUGGCACUUGCCUGGGGUUCAGACCAAGGAAUUCAUCUUCUCGGAGCUGCCGUCCAACCUGUACUCGCAUGGGGACCAGAACACGCUGAUGGAGGAGUCUGCAGAGCAGGCACAGCGGGGCGAUGAGAUGCUGUGCACGCACCACGUGCUGACAGAGGGGCUCAGCAUCAUCAGCGACAUCAACACAAUCACCAUCAGCGUGCCCAUGGGGGCCCGUGGAUGACUCCUGGCUGCAGGUGCAGAGC